AUGGCUCGCGUCCUGCGUCUCUCCCUCGCGCUCCUCGCGCUUCUCGCCAUCGUGGGCGCCGCCAAUGCCAGUGGCGUCAGCUACAGCCAGAUGAGGGGUGAGUGCCAGACGGGCGAGAAGCAGUCGCCGAUCAACAUCGUGAUGGGCGAGGCCAAGGAGGAGAGCGUGCCAGAGAAGUUCAUGCUCGCGUACGACUCCGCCCCCACCACCGCCACCGUCAUCAACAAGGGCUACACCCCUCAUCACUCCCUUCCUCGCUCGCUUUCCACAGAGGUGGCUCCCAACCCCGAGAAGAGCUACAAGCUGCACAUUGGCAGCGACACUUACAACCUCCUGCAGCCUCAUCACUCCCUUCCUCGCUCGCUUUCCACAGAGGUGGCUCCCAACCCCGAGACGAGCUACAAGCUGCACAUCGGCAGCGGCACUUACAACCUCCUGCAGAUGCACGUGCACUCGUUCUUCGAGCACGCGGUUAACGGGCUCUUCUCGCCCAUAGAGGCGCACUUCGUGCACGUGCACGAGAGCGACCCCAACGUCCUCGCCGUCGUCAGCGUCAUGAUCCGCCUGCAGCGCCACGACGAGGCCUUCGCCUGGGUCGACACGUGA